AUGGCCGCCCAUGGUUAUGAACUCGAACGUUUUCAAAGUCCUGUUAAUAGAAGAUAUUAUUGCCCCAUUUGCUUGAAUGUCUUGAAAGAUCCGUUUAUGUGUCGUAAUGAACAUCCGUUCUGUCGUGACUGUAUAAUUAGACAUCUUACGAACGAUCAAAGAUGCCCUGCUUGCAUGGAUGAACUGACUCUCGAUACACUAACGAAACCUUCGCGAUUGUUAACUGAACUCCUAUCUGAAUUAAGGAUCCGUUGUGAGUUUGUCGAGCGGGGUUGUGAAGAGUUUGUUCAAUUGCAAUAUCUAGAAAAACACGUUGAAAAGUGUGGAUAUGCUCCUGUGCCCUGCUCGAACGAAGGUUGUCAGCUUGAAGUAAACAGACACGAUUUGAUCUACCACGAAUCUUUGGACUGUGAAGAGCGACAACUAAAAUGUCAUAAUUGUGAACGCUUGAGUGAAGACGUGGCCAUAUUGAAGCAAAAAGUGACAAGAAUGGAGAAAAAGUUUGAUAUAACUUCUAAAAGUGUUGCCGCAGUUGAGGAGAAACUCGCUUCAUUUCAAAAGAGUUUGAAAGAGCAUCAGGAUUCAUUUCAAAAGAGUUUGAAAGAGCAGCAAGAUUCCUUUCAAAAGAGUUUGAAAGAGCAGAAUUCAUUUCUAAAGAGUUUGAAAGAGCAGCAGAAAAAUGUGGACGACUCACUUUCUUCUUUGAAAAGAAGUAAUAGUAGUAUUAAAAAUAAUCUUAAAAAACUAAUGGAGGUCAUGGGGUCGCUUCCAAAAAAAUCGAGGACAGAAACUGACAAUGACGAUUAUGCACAUGAUUCUUCAUCAUCUACAUCUACUCCUUCUCGUGCUAGAAGCGUCGACAUCCAAUCCGCAUUCACUUCUUCUCGGUCUACAAGCGGCUACAGCUUAAUCAGAGCUACUCCUUCUCGUGCUGUAUGCGUCGACAUCCAAUCCGCAUUCUCAAAACUCAUUAAUAAUUCAUGAGGCAAGCACUGUCCAUACGAUGUACAUUAGCAUCUUCCUAAUUACAUUACAGUUAUCGGGUUAAGGCUCGUUUUCACUCAGGAAAAUUAUUCGUGGAUUGGAACGGACAAGAAAGUUUUUCUUUGUCUUGUGAGCUCUGGGUUGGAACUAAUGACUUUAACACAAAGAAACAUUUUCUUGUCCGUUCCAAUCCACGGAUAAUUUUCCUGAGUGGAGACUAGCCUUUAGUUUAAAGAUUUGUAUAUUCAUAAUUCGGGCAUUUUAUACAUAAACAAAUUUUCCUAUUAACGCUUGUACCCAAUACUUGGCACUGGUCAAUUUGCUCUUGGAUAUCAGGUGAGCUUAAUUGAUUUCAAACAGUAGGUAUGGAUUUAUAACACUAGAGAAAGUAUACUGAGUAGUGUUUCGGUAAAAUUACAAAAUUUUAGGUAUAACUGACUUGCAUUGAUUAAGAGAAGAUGAUUGUCAUUCACUGAUUCUGACUGGUCACGUGACUAACAUGAACGUUUUAUGCCGGUAUGAAAGUUCUGUAAACG